AAUGCGCACUUUCAAAAAGUUUCGCGUUAUUUGCGCGGUUGGCGAGAAGAUAAGUUUGUGUCUAGCUUUCGGCGGUAACACAUAGCCUCGUCCAUGCCAAUUGGCGGGCUGAAACCAUGGCUGGGGGCCGUAGCGGGCGCAGGAGCUCAGCCACCUGCCACCUCAACGUGCCGCACGCCGGUGCCUUCACUUCACUCUUCGCAACCCUCCUCUGGACCCACGGCUCCAAGCAUCAAUGUUCACGAGGCGACAUAUGGCUUAGCCAUUUCUGCUGAGAGAACUUCCUUCAUAGCCACGCGUCAGCCCAGCCCAGCCCGGCCAUCCUCACUCACCCUCAGCCUGGUCCGUUUCAAGUCCGCCUGAUUCGAUACCAGCUCUCUGGGGUUGCCCUGAAGGACACAGCAGUCCUAAGGAUGACGCAGUAUUUCGUGCCAGGUGUGGGAAUUGCACGCGAGGUCAUUACGGCGGAUAUCCAGCGUUAUCUAGGGCCUGAUGCAUUGGUGAAGCCUGGCCAGAACGAUUCCGCCCUUCCUGGAUUCAUCAUUACUUCCUUACGGAACCUGACGCCGACUAUGGUGGAAGACCUCAAGGAGGAUACUCGAAGAUGGAGAGCAGAAGCAGCGGCAGCGGUACAUAAAGGCGGAGUUGCCUAUCAGGACUCCAGGACACAUGCAUCACGACAGCACUAUGGACCCAGCGAGUCAUACUCGGCGCCUAGCAGCGUGUCCUCUCAUUCCGACUCCUCUACUUCGCAGUUCUCAUACCAGACCUAUCCCGGUAAUAGCUCGGCCGGUUGGGCACCGUUAUAUGGGAGGGAGCCUCUGGCAUUAGAUCAGUAUCUCUCGAUCAGCCCUAGCCGCGAAUCGCAAACCGAGGGUGAAUAUCCUUCGAUAACUCAACCACCUUACUAUAGCUCUCACGACAAACGGAGACGCACGUUUGAUUCUGGGCUCGCCCAAUAUCGGCCUGCAUCUACUGUUCCAUUCCUUGUAAGACCUAGAGGUAUGCAAUUGUUCUCCGAGCAAAAGAUGAAGUCAAUCACCCGCCUCGUGACUGGGUCGUUCAAUAUAUCGCUACCCCCGAGUGAGACGCUGGAGGAUAUUAAAUUAAAGACUGGCUGGUUGUGGUCUCAAGAUCCUUUCAACAUAGUCAACAUAGAUCAGGUUCUUACCUCGCUUGGAAGACUUGGAAGGGGCGCAAUUGGAGAGGUAGAUGAAGUUCGAUCCAUCGCCGGGAAGAAAACUCUAGCAAGGAAGAGGAUCGCAAUUUCACGUCGGCAGUCCCUUGCAAGGAGAGAAGUCGAGCUUAUCCAGGACGAAAUCGCCAACCUAAGGUGUCUCGAUCACCCACACAUCGUCAAACUCAUCGGCUCUUACCAGCAGGAUCCGGGCACAUGGAAACACUCGUUUUGUUUGCUUAUGUAUCCCGUUGGCAAUAACGACCUGAGCGGCUUCCUGGAAGAUGACUGCAAAUGCGUCUCGACCGAUAGCGACAGCGAACUUUCAAUCAGGCACUCCGCUUGGAUCAUGAAGUGGUUCACAUGUCUGGCCUCCGCACUACAAUACAUGCACAACCAUCAUCUCCACCACGAGGACAUUAAGCCAAAGAACAUUAUCCACGAAGGCGAACAUAUCUACUUCACCGACUUCAGCUCAUCGCGACAAUUCGAAGCCGGUCAAGCCACCUCAACUGCAAAUCCAGCAAGAGCAUCCCGCCUUUUCGCUGCACCAGAAGCCCUUCCAACCGAAGAAGGUGAUCUCUUUCGCCAUGGCUCGAAAACUGAUGUCUUCUCCCUGGGUCUUGUCUUCGUAGAGAUGCUUACGAUACUUGAGGGUCAUACUAUUGACGCCUUACACGGAUACCUGGAGCGCAAUAACGGAUUCGGCAAGACAUACAUGACCAGGCAAUAUCACCGCGUAGUCGAUCUCAUGGACGGCUGGUUCAUAUCAGACCUUGGACGCGAGAUGUACACCGAGUGCAUUAAGCCCAUGCUCAGGCAGGACCGUGCUUCAAGGCCAAGUGCUGAUGAAGUUGUACAGCUCAUUCGAACUCGACAACCGUGGGGCAAAACACUGGCCUGCCCUUGUAAGCUCGGCUUCGAAAUCAGCUCGACAAGAGCGCAGCGCUCCAGUAUCCUGCCGCACCAUUACACAUAGAGUCUCCUCAUACGAUCGACAUACCGGCCCGAGCCACGUCUCGGUUACUUCCGGACCACCGGCUACCAAAAAAGCCAACCAUCCCCGAGCCAUCGCACUCAAUUUAUGACUCGGGACGACAUUUGAGUGGGACCGUGGGUUUAAAACAAAUAACAUGAGAGAUUUAACUUGCUGCGGCCUGACCCUCACUUCGUUGUACGACCUACGU